AUGAACCCGGCCACAAUCCAAGAAGAAUACGCCGCACUUCAUCGUGAAUACGCGCUCAUGGUUUCUUCCAUCCAACUUCCAGACUCUCCUACUGAUCCUGUACGGAUUACUACCUUGGAGCAGACCGUUUUAGACACACGCCUGGAACGCAAUGGAUGGAUUGUCCUGGCAUUGACUACAAGUAACAAUAAUUCUCAGGAUUCUCAAUCAAAGCCUUCUUUGAAUGUUAAAAAUGGAGCUGUGUUUGAAACCCCGGAAGCUUUACUUAUGAAUGUAUCACCUGUAUUUGCACAGCGGUGGAAUGCUGCUCUUACGGCCCGUCUUGAAGAGGCAUUUUCUUCUGCCUCUGCUUCUGCUUCUGCUUCUUUUUCUUCAUCAUCUUAA